GCCCAGUGUAGUGCUGUCAAAUGAAUUGGAAGCAAGUUGUUGCAGUGCUAAAUUUUGCUUUUUUCCUGUUUCACGAAACAUUAUUUAGCCAAUGCUUUUUUAGAAAUAACCAUUUACGUUCAUACAAAAGUCUAAACUUAGUAUUAUGAUAGUGUGAACGAUUAGUAAUCAAUGCCUAUAGAGUCUGUUUUCGCCUACACAACGUAUUUGUCAUACAAAAUGGCAGGAAAGACGAAGGGUUUGCAGACUUAUUUGUAAUGAGAUCAUGAUAACCAGAGUGUUGUUGAGUGUGUUAAGUGGGUGGACAGUGAAUUGAGUGCGGAAAUGUGGACAUAGCGCAUAAGAUGGGUUCGCAGACAUUAGAGAUAUUACGCCAAGGUGUUUGGGCAUCUCUGACAGGAGGAUGGUUCUAUGAUCCGCAUCAAAAUUUGUUUUGCAACACAGUUCACUUGUAUAUUUGGCUCUUCCUGCUAUGUCUACCUUUCUCAGUAUAUCUGUACUUCCCUCCAGCGAGUCUAGGUUGGAUAAUCUACUGUGCGCUGGUGGCGGUGCUGUUCACGUGUCUGAAGCUCCUCAACCACGGCCUGCACCAUAUGUACGACACUAGCGAGUGCAUCGUCAUCCAGCCCAGCGGAGACGCAUCUACGAACAAUACAGUACCUGAAGAAGGCAUGGAGAUGCAGAUGCUGAGGCUCGGAGGCGCGGCUGCCGCGGGCAGCGACAACGAGUCGGUCACGUCUCUGGAGUACCACAAGCCAAAUAAUAGUACGAUAGAUCUAAAAGUAGAUGUUCAUCGUAAAAAUAGUUCAGAAUCAAGCAUAGAAGACAGUGCAACAUCCGCCAGGCUAGCUGAGGCCACCACCAAAUCUGACUUGUGCGUCGCACAAACGUCAGAAAUGCCGGGCCCUUCGAAAACCCGUCCACCGAACAGAAGCCGGUCCAAAUCCAGCCACAAAAGAGAUCAUAGGACUAAAACUAGGAGGACACAUGGCAACCGAAUCGACGAACUAAUCGUCGAGGAAAACUCCAAAAAUCCUCGUGUAGAUAACAAUUUACCUGUGCAUAUGUUAAUAGAUGAGGGCCCAUUCGCGAAGGUCAGCAGGAGGUAUCACGAGUGUGCGCAUAGGCGAGGCUCAAGCAACAGAGACUUUUUCAAAGAAUGGCUGUAUUUGGACGCCAACGAAGCUGCCGGUGAGCCUUACCAGUCCAAGUUCGCUCGGCAGCUUAGUUCCGACUCGAGGGAUAAUUCGGAACCGAGCGUGGGGCCACCGUCACCUAAGAAACGUAUUGCGCAUAGACGCAGAUACACUAAUUAUCCAGACGAAAGUUGCACAAAGUCAGCUAUAGCGUUAGCCACCGCGCAAUCCUCCAAUAUGAGAAGGAAUUCAAAUUCCACCAUGUCUACAAUACAGCUGCCACUUCUCAAUUCUACUGCGCAACUGGUGUCGCACAUGAGAAGGCAUUCCAACAACGCCGACACCGGUUUCUUUGCGAGUGUCGAAUUAGGAGAGUACAUGAUGGUGAAGGCCGAAGCUCCGAGUGGGGAAGUAGAAAAAAACAAAGGAAAAAGUCCCGGAGUUCGAAGGAUAAAAAGUGCCGCAUUAGAAAUUGGGUGUCCACCUCCCAGUGUGUCCAAUCUCUCUCCUCAUCCCAACAGUGCGGAAACAAUAGGCGGUCAAAUGUUGAAAAAUCCCAAAAGCGCGGUAAUCCCUCCUCCUAGUAAAUGUUUGACCCGCGGUCCACAUUUGAACCUAUAUCCCAAAAACGAAUCGGGCGAGGGUUGUAGCUACCCAUAUCUGACUUACGGUUCGGAGAUAGUAUAUCCAAUUGCAGAAAUAUCUGAUGAAAUGCAGACUUCCCAGAAAGAGACAGAUUUAGAUUCUAGUGGAGAAAGUUAUAGUGACUACGACGAUGAGAAACAGUUUCGUGGAUUUGACUGGGAUGCGGAACAAUCGCCCGCGAUGCGCUCCAGCGAUUCAGAUUUUGAAAACAAUGGCUCUAGGUCGCCAUUGCUUGACCGGUCUGCAGACGUAAGAGUCGUUCGCACCAAAAACCAAAGCGAUUGUAAAAAGCAAUGUUGUGAUCGCCACCCUAGUUCUAAACAUAAUCCCGACUGUCCAAAUGACAAAUCUAAACCAGUAAGACUGAAAAAAGUUAUAAAAAGUGAGCCACAAUACGACAGUAAGCGUCCUGAACGUCCGAAUAAUCCAUGUGAAUGUAAAUUUAAUCCAAACGCAGAUUAUUUUGAUAAAGCAAGUGCAAGUUCGAAAGAUUUACUUAUAGAAAAAUCUAGUUUAGAAUCAAAUGAAAAUCCAGACCAAUCAGAGAAAAGGCCAGAAGUUAGGAAAAUUGCUGAAAAGAAACUCUGGGACCAUGAUAUAUCUAAUUCUAGCACUAGUAGUGAUUCUAACAUAGACAGGGGACAAGAAGACAGUAAGGAAGAUAAAAAUAACGCGCCAGAGACUGAGGAGUCGCAAUUAACUUGUGACAGUAAAAGUGCUGAUGAAAGAAGUGUAUACAGCUUAGAUUGGCUUUUUGAAGAAGCGCCGCAACCUAUAGCAUCGACCAGCAAGGAAGCGGAGGCUUGCUCCCUGCCCAAUGACGAGGUGCUAUGUCAAAAACUUGCCAAUGCUUUAGGUGAAUCGUCUUCCAACGUUCCAAAAAACUUGGGCGCUAUACCAAAGCAGAUAAAAAACUUAGCGCGUUCACGAGCUUCAUCCCAGAAGGAGAACAAGAAGAGAGAUUCUAAGGAUUCUAAAAAAGAAAAAGAUGAAAAUAUAGAAGAUGAUAGAAUCCUUCUGGAUGCUGUUGAAGCUCAGGCUGCUUUGGUACAAGGACUUGAAUGUUUGUUCGCGGCUACUAAUGCUAACACCGUAGUUAUGCCUCCUCCGAAUCGAGAGGAAAGACCACGAAGUCACAGGCAAAGCAUUCGAUGUGAAAGGGAGAAUUCUCACAAGACGAGAAAAAGAUCCAUCGAAGAAGUGGCACAGACGUCCACAAAUACUCUACUUCCCACUUCAAUGCCAUUAUUGGCUGCAUUCCUUAACUCUAGAGUAGAUUUUAUGCCUUGCUGUGUACCUGAUAAUCCUGCUGCGGAGCCCGCGCCACACGCAGAGGAAGGAACAAGACUGAGACCUCUAAUGGACAGAAACCACAGGAACCGCGUGCGGAAAAUCAAGCGCUCAACGAGACAGCGUAAUAACCCACAAAACAAUCCCGAUAAAAAAGACAAACCCUCAAGUGCUGAAAACCCGAAUAAUUCCACCAGUGUACAUUUCGCGACAUCUUUUGAUGACACGACUGAUGGAGCGAUACAUUGUUUCAUGGACGAAUAUGGCAACUGGAUGUCAUACACAUUUGACAAAAACAGUUCAGGUCGGGCGCAAGCUCAACCUAUACCAUUACCAGAGAAAGAGGACAAUGUCAGACUAAAUAGGGUGAAACCCAUCGAAAAUCCGGACAACUCCCAGGAAACUGCUGGGGAAGGCAGUUGUGGUUCUCUAGAAUCGGAAGCUGGAAAUAGCGAGAGUAUAGCAAAAAAACGCGGCGACAGCAUAGACCAAAGCUCUUCGAACCAGGGAAGCAACAACCCACUUCUAUCCAGCAACAAUAAUAUAUCCACAGUGGUUGCGAUAAAUACUAACAAUGCGAAUAAGCGCUUUUACGUCUUCGACGGAGGAACUGCUUCUCACGCAGACCAGCCAAGGUCUCCAGUUGCUUAUGUGACUGAUAGAUUACUAGAACAAAUUGAGGCCGAAAGACAGUCGAGGAUGGGCCUGCCCAGUAUGCAUAUCAACUUCUUGAUGAGCCAGCAGAGAGCACAGCAACAGGCCCAGCAGCAAGUUGAGAACACUUCAGCGAACUUGCCAAGUCUCAUGCCUUCCAUAGGCGAAGAAAGCGUCGAAAUCAACAUCAGAAGCAAAUUCUCAAGACUGCUGGAUCAUUUAGAAAAGGCUAAUCAACCGAAACCAAAAACAUAUUACAAUUUCAAGUUUUCUAAAUGCUUUGAAGUCAAAGUUACUAUGGAUAGGUUGAAGCUCAUGGCGCUUUUCGAUCGUAACUUGACAUUCAGAGAAACAUUCAUAUCCAUAGUCCUCGCGAUAAUGGUUGCUGUUUUGGGAUCGAUGGUUCUAAAUCUUGGAUUCUACAGGGAUAUUUACGCAUUUUGGUUUUGUUUUAUCAUAGCGGGAAGUCAAUACUCGUUGUUGAAGAGCGUUCAACCGGACUCCGCGUCUCCGGUGCAUGGAUUUAAUAAAAUGGUUGUGUUUUCGAGACCUGUGUAUUUUUGUUUGUGUGCGGCGAUAUUAUGUGCAGUGAAUGGGUAUUUGGAACAGACUACUCCAUUGUCAGACGAUUCUCACAACAGAAGCAAAAGAAGUGCUGAGGAGGUAAAAUCCCUCGUAGUGUAUGGAUUCGAAUUGAACGAAAGAGACUUCUUCUACGUUAUUCAAGAAAUUCUAUCAAUAUUUCUGCUGUUUUUUCCAUUGGCAUUCAGUUUCGGUUUCUUCCCGCAAGUGAAUACAUUUCUUAUGUAUUUGUUGGAACAGAUCGACAUGCAUGUAUUCGGUGGAAACGCUACGAGCAGUUUAAGUGCGGCAGUAUAUUGCGUCGUGCGAUCUCUGGCUGCUAUAGGAGUGCUAUACGGGUUCGCUUACAGCGGGCUAGUUGAAGGCAAGAAGUCGCAACAUCAGAAGCACAAUAUACUCUUUUCCAUAUUUUGUGGGCUUCUCGUCCCGAUUGCAUAUCACCUGAGUCGAAGCGCAAGUGACUACAGUUUAAUCUGGAACCUAAUCAAAAAGCACUUACUGCCCCCGGAAUUAUAUGUGAUGCAUACUCCUGAAUGUGCUCCUGAGAUGAAUAAAGACGAGCCGAACACGUUGAGUGACGAUAAGAAGAACAAUUCAGAGAGUAACAUUUCUAAACACAAUUCUAUUGGGAGCUCGGCGUCCAAGAUUAACUUUAGCUCUGAGACUAAUAUAGCGAAGACGCAGAAGCGUUCUCAGACGUCGAGCGUUAGCUCACUGAAGAUGGACCCUCGCGCAGGGGACACUAUGAACUCGACUACGUCAUUGAAGGUUGACCCUCCUACAGAAACAGAAGAGAAAAGCCGAGAUUCUAACACCAACAACUCGAGUAAUAAAGAUCCCGCUGACAAACCUGAUGAAGACAUGGAGGAUCCACUGCCAAAGAAGUUGCAAGCAACCGUGAAUGCUCGUCUAAAGAAUGACGUCAUAGUUUGCACUUUUCUUGGACUGUUCGUGUUUGGACUGCACUGCACGACUGUGUUCACGACGCUUAGACCGCAACUUAAUAUGGUUCUUUGGAUAAUAGCGGGCAUCCUCGGCUGGGUGCUGCACUACCUGACGCCGCAGCUGCGCAAGCAGCAGCCCUGGCUGUGCCUGGCCGGGCCCGUGCUGCGCCAGCACGAGCACGCGCAGUUCGAGGUCACCGAGCCCGCGCGCCUCAUGUGCUUCGAGCGGAUAUUCGUGUACCUGUGUUUCCUGGAGCGCAACGUGUUGUACCCGGGCGUGGUGAUUGCGGCCACAACGCAAGACGCGCCGGCCAUCGCCGCCAAGUAUGGUGACGCCGUGGGCGCGCUCAUUAUAUGCGUGUGCGCUUUGAAAUGUCUCAGGAACGCUUACUCAGAGCCCGAUUCCCAGUACCUCAUCCUGGUGUUCGCUUUCCUGCUCUUCCAAAGAGACCUGAGCAGUCGAAACGUAUCGGAAACGUUCCUCGUGGACUAUUUCAUUACCGCCAUUAUCUUCAGCAAAGUCUACGAAUUCUUACUCAAGAUCCAGUUCGUGGUGACGUACAUCGCGCCGUGGCAGAUCACGUGGGGCAGCGCGUUCCACGCGUUCGCGCAGCCCUUCUCCGUGCCGCACUCCGCUAUGCUGUUCCUGCAGGCGGCGCUCUCGGCGCUGCUGUCCUCGCCUCUCACGCCCGCGCUGGGGAGCGCGAUAUUCAUGACGUCAUACGUGCGCCCGGUGAAGUUCUGGGAACGCGACUACAACACCAAGAGGGUGGACCAGAGCAACACCAGGCUGUCGUCGCAGCUCGAACGCAAUCUCGGAUCCGAUGAUAACAACCUGAAUUCGAUAUUCUACGAACAUCUGACCCGGUCACUACAACACUACCUGUGCGGCGAUUUGAUGCUUGGUCGGUGGGGGCAGGUCCAACAGGGAGACUGCUUUGUUCUGGCGUCGGACUACUUGAACUGCCUCGUGCACAUCGUGGAGAUGGGCAACGGGCUGGUGUCGUUCCAGCUGCGCGGCCUCGAGUUCCGAGGCACGUACUGCCAGCAGCGAGAGGUCGAGGCCAUCUCGGAGGGACCUGAGGAGAGCAGCGAGGGCGUAUGCACCGGUCUAUGGUGGUGCGGCGGUCGCGUCCUUGCCCCGGGCGCGGCGUGGGCGCUGCGCUGGCUGGCGUGGCAGCUGGCCAGCGCGCGCUACGUGCUGGAAGGAUACAGCGUCAGCGACAACAGCGCCGUCUCCAUGCUGCAGGUCUUCGACUUCAGGAAGGUGCUGCUCACGUACUACGUCAAGAGCAUCAUCUACUACACGAUCCAGUCGAGCAAGCUGGAAGAGUGGCUGGCGUCGCCGGUGCUCUCAGAAGCGCUGAAGCCUAUGAACGAGCGCGCCUUCGUGGACCUAGACCCGAUAUUCAACGUCAACCUCGAUGAAGAUUAUGACUUUCGGGCGUCGGGGAUUACUAGGGGGAGAUUCUGCGCGAUAUACCAAGAGUGGAUAGUCCAUUGCGGCGUUCGACGCGGCGCGGGCUGGCGGCGCCGCGCGGCCGCCAAGGACUCGGCGCUGGUCACGCUGUGCUUCGCGCUCAGCCUGCUCGGCCGCCGCGCGCUGGCCGCCGCGCAGCACCUGUCUGCCUCCAGGUACCUUACCGCUCCGCAGCUGUGUGUGGACCUGCACCGGCGCCCGCGAGGACUCGGCGCUGGUCACGCUGUGCUUCGCGCUCAGCCUGCUCGGCCGCCGCGCGCUGGCCGCCGCGCAGCACCUGUCUGCCUCCAGGUACCUUACCGCUCCGCAGCUGUGUGUGGACCUGCACCGGCGCCCGCGAGGACUCGGCGCUGGUCACGCUGUGCUUCGCGCUCAGCCUGCUCGGCCGCCGCGCGCUGGCCGCCGCGCAGCACCUGUCUGCCUCCAGGUACCUUACCGCUCCGCAGCUGUGUGUGGACCUGCACCGGCGCCCGCGAGGACUCGGCGCUGGUCACGCUGUGCUUCGCGCUCAGCCUGCUCGGCCGCCGCGCGCUGGCCGCCGCGCAGCACCUGUCUGCCUCCAGGUACCUUACCGCUCCGCAGCUGUGUGUGGACCUGCACCGGCGCCCGCGAGGACUCGGCGCUGGUCACGCUGUGCUUCGCGCUCAGCCUGCUCGGCCGCCGCGCGCUGGCCGCCGCGCAGCACCUGUCUGCCUCCAGGUACCUUACCGCUCCGCAGCUGUGUGUGGACCUGCACCGGCGCCCGCGAGGACUCGGCGCUGGUCACGCUGUGCUUCGCGCUCAGCCUGCUCGGCCGCCGCGCGCUGGCCGCCGCGCAGCACCUGUCCGCCUCCAGCGUCGAGUUUUUCCUUUACGGGCUGCACUCGCUGUUCAAAGGCGACUUCCGCAUCACGUGCGCGCGCGACGAGUGGGUGUUCACCGACAUGUCGCUGCUUCACUCCGUGCUGGCGCCCGCCAUCCGCAUGGCUCUUAAACUGCACCAGGUUAGUGGGGAGACACUCCUUAACCUUUAUACGGAAGUGGGAAUAUAUUUCCCACCAUAUUUUGAACCUAUUCGCUCGCGCCUGCCAUCCCCAUAUCUCUCAAGCUACACCAGGUCAGUGGGGAGAUACCCCUUAAACUUUAUACGGAAGUGGGAAUAUAUUCCCACCAUAUUUUGUACCUUAUUCGCUCGCGCCUGCCAUCCCCAUGGCUCUCAAGCUACACCAGGUCAGAGGGGAGAUAUCCCUUAAACUUUAUACCGAAGUGGGAAUAUACUUCCCACCUUAUUUUGAAGCUUACUCGCUCUUAUUGUCCAAAAACAAUGAAUUUGAUUAUUUUGACUGUUAAAAGGUUAGUUUUUGUCAAACUGGUUGCGGUCCGCGGUCAGGUCAAUCAAAGUGAACUCAGCCCGCAUCACGUAUGAACAUUUUGUAUUGAUGCGGUCCAAGGGUCACCCCCGCCGCACAUCACUUAUUUUGACACUAUAAUAUCAAAGU